AUCCUCAUCAUGCGGCCGUAAAGAAUAGCAUGAAAAAGAAGAAACUCGCCGCGGCACAUGUUGCAUCCAGUGCAUCCAUCCUGCCACCCGAUGUCAGUCCGUCGGGCAGCAGUGAUAGUCUGAUGCGUGAACGAUUGGCCCCACCCGCAAUUAGCACUACACCGCCGGCUGUUAGCUGUAUGGAAACAACAGAGGAUGAUUCUGAUUCCGGGUCGACAGAUGCUCGGCGUAAAAAGAAGGCACGGACAACAUUUACAGGACGUCAAAUAUUCGAGCUGGAGAAACAGUUUGAAAUUAAAAAGUACCUUAGUUCAAGUGAACGAACCGAAAUGGCAAAGCUGUUGAAUGUCACCGAGACGCAGGUAAGUGGGAGGGAAUUAAUUUUAAGGCUUUUGGGGGGUGAAUGUGUGAAGGAUGGCGGUAGUCAUACGCAGAGGGGGUUUCAAGUGCGGGAAAAAUCUAUCUAA